CGCUGCACAUGGAAGAAUACAAAGUUGGCCUAGAUCGCAGCACUUCAGUGUAGCUUCAUGAAGUACUCUAUUUCCAACAGCAUAUCCUCUCCAUAUCGUUUCGUUUUGCUUAUUUAAUGCAAUAUCCUGUUCCACAUGCGACUCAUACUCUUGCGGCCUCCGUCCUGUCGCUUCCACGCUUCCGCUUGCACAUAUUUCGCCGUUGCCACGCCUAGGCUGAACAGAUAGGAGCGCUCUAGCGUGUGUUGGAAAUCGAACAUCUCCCCUCUUUCAACCUGUGCCUUGUGCUGAGACACACGAUGCACAUGUAUCUAAAGCAGCUCUAGGAGAGAGCCUUGCAAUAUGCCGUCCAAAGGAAGUGCUCAGCUAGACAGCCCAUCUACCUCCUCUCUCGCCCUUUCACACAAUCACUCUCGACGACCUUCGCAAGCUUCGGUUUCGCCUAAGCCGGCACUCGACAAGCAUGCCCUGUCUCAGACACUGGACACCAUCCACACAAGCGCCUCGAAGUCUGAAGCCCUCACCACCUUCGACGACUAUGCCUCGCCACGGCCUGGUACAAGGAGCGAGUCGAAAGGUUUCUCAACGGAUGCGGUUCAGAGCGGGCUGAGUAGUCUGUAUAGCCGACUGAAGGCCACGGUUGGUGGCUCAAAAGACGUAGGGGGCCCAGCUACGCCAGCGCUGACAGGCCAGAAUCCCCCCGUCGAGCUGUCUAUUGACAGUACUAUCGCUAGACACAGGCAUACAAAUAGCAGUAGUACCAUAGUGUCUCCUACCGCCGCGUCUUCUUCCUCCCGAGUCCAGUCCCCGCUGGCUACCAGCUUUGCAGCUUCGAAAACCCCCAGUACGGCUGUGCCCACUCCGUCAGGGGUGUCUCUACAUUCACGGUCCUCUUCUGUGAGACCUGCUUCGGUAGCGACAAACGCCUCGGACUCGCUGAACGCAGCACGGGCAGGCAAUGGUGUUGCGGGGCAGAAUCCUGAUGCUACAAUUCGCUCAGCUCCGGCCUUAGCCUCGCCUACGACAAAUGUCCCACCAGCGACUACUGAACCUACUCCUACAGAUCCUUCACGAACUGCGCGCAUUGGCGACUCUAUGCUUUCGCUAGCCAAAUCCCAGAGUAUGCAGCGCCAGGACUCCGAUAUUGGCAGCACGCUGUCGGACCCGUCGAGGGUGCAUGAUCCAGAUCAGACUCCGCGUGUCAAAUCCAAGGCUGCACGAUCCAACCUUCAGUUUGAAGGUACUUCAUAUGCCUCACGGUCUUCGCAAUCCGUCACCUCGCAGGACGAGGAUGAACCAACGCCCGCUCUGGACAAGUCGGCUCUGGACGAGACCCCUGCAAUGGCUAGCUUACUGAGAUCAGAGCGUCCCCCUUUGAUACACGUUGGGCAAUCCCACCUGCCUGGAUUUCGAGCGUCUCGAACCAACUCUUCGGACGCAGACCUGAGCUCACUAGCUACCACAAUGCCUCAGACGCGCCGCCCUGCUGCAGAAGACGUCGAAAAGUUUCCGCAGAUUCACGACUCGAAGCCGACAUCAACUCAGGAGUCCAAUGCACCCCGCGUGAGGACUAAAGUGCUAGCCAAGGAACUAUGGAUGCGAGAUGAGAAUGCUAAGGACUGCUUCUAUUGUGGAGACACCUUCUCGGCGUUUAGGCGGAAACAUCACUGUCGGAUUUGCGGAAAUGUCUUCGAUGCGAAAUGCACCGUUUUUGUUCCCGGCAAAUUGUUUGGUCAAUCUGGCCAGUUGCGCACAUGCAAGCCCUGCCAGGCAAUCGUAUACGGCACAGACGAUGACUCCUCAGAGUACACGGAUGAUGACAGAAUGUCAAUCUCUGGGCGAUCGUUCUCCUCACGUUCGAUGACGAACUUUGACCAGCUCAAGGCGCUUCGCAUCGACACAAACAUGGUGCAUCCGCUCGAGGACCACCUGGAUAUUGGCACGCCAUCGAUGGCCGUCCCCAUGUCACGUAAGACGGGCAGUGAAGCCAAAAGACGCUCCACAGUCAUUGAAGAGAGCCAGCACAAUCUAGCCCGGCCCAGUUCUUCGAGGUCACUGCGGUCGCUCAGUGGUCGUCCGCGCACAGCUGGACACAAACGUCAUAAUUCGCGUCACGCACAUCAGCAUAUGAAAAGCUUGAGAUCAUCGGAAGACAGAGUCCCGUUCCAACGCGGGGACGCUGAUUCGUCGAGAUCUGGCUCGCUUUUGCCAGCUUUCCAUCAUGAUAACAUUAUAGAUCCAGACUUGGCACCGUUUCUAUCUGAUGAUGGAUCGAGCGAAGAUGACACAAACAUCUUCACAACGCUGAAUGCUGAUUCUCAGUCUCCUGGUAAAGCAGACGAUCGAGUCGGGUUUGCGGGCUUACUUGCAUCGAUGCGAAGAGGUAUGGGAUCUAGUGCCAUUGGCAAUGCUCGAAGCGACGCAGAUAACAUAAGUAUCACAAGUCGCGCACGCACGAAUCGCAAACGAAAUGCCAGCAUAAGCAGUGCACAGAACGUUCGUGCUUCCCCGAGGCGAACAAAAAGCAAUAGUCUUCUAAAAAUUCCCUUUGGUUAUGGUUCUCCCGCCGCAACAGCGCUUCCAAAGCAGUCUUCAAAUGUUGGAAGUGGGUCCAAGAUGAUACGCAGUGCUGCGAUGAGAGGCAAAUCUGCGCCUGAGCUGGAGCUGAAUCAGGCGAGUCUGCAGCAUGUGAGACGCUUGCUUCGCCAAAUGCUCCAGGAAGCAUCUAUACCGGACAUCAAGAGAUGGGAAAAGGCACUAAUACCAAUUCUGCUUCAAUGUACCGACGACGUGAAUCCUGACAUCCAUCGCAACGACGACAUUGACGUGCGACACUACAUUAAGCUGAAGAAAAUUCCCGGUGGCAGGCCCGGGGACACAACGUACGUUUCUGGCGUCGUCUUCUCAAAAAAUCUAGCGUUAAAGAGUAUGCCCCGCUCGAUUCCCAACCCACGCAUCGCUAUCUUAACGUUCCCACUUGAGUAUGCUCGUCACCAUAAGCACUUCAUGAGCCUGGAUCCGGUGAUUGCGCAGGAACGUGAGUACCUGCGCAACCUAGUCAAAAGGAUCGCAAAUCUAGAGGUCAAUCUACUAUUGGUCGAAAAAAGUGUUGCCGGACUGGCACUGGACUUUCUCGAACAGGCGAAUAUCGCUGUUGUGUACAACGUCAAGUCCUCUGUCUUGAAUGCGGUUGCCAGAUGCACACAAACACGACUGAUCACGUCACCUGAAAAACUGAGUAUGGAUCCAACUCAUCUUGGCAGAUGUGGUAGUUUUGAUGUCAAAACUUACGUGCAUGGGGCGAUGAAAAAGACCUUUAUCUACCUAUCUGGUUGCCAACCGGACUUGGGCUGCACGAUCGUCCUUCGCGGAGCCGAGCUCAGUCACCUUCGGAGAAUAAAAAGGAUCACGGAAUUUAUGUGCUAUGUUGUGUACAAUCUCAAACUGGAGACUUGCGUUAUGCGCGACGAGUAUGUUCUUAUACCUGCCACGCUUCCGCUCGGGACGAUCGACGUCGGGCAGCAACCAUCUGAACUGGAUAAGAAGAGCGUACCGACUACGACCACUAUCAAAGAGGCUAAAGGUGUUGAAGGGGAUGCUGUCAUUACGGUCCAAUCUGCGUCGGACGAUGAUGCAUCGGCUGCAGGCGAUACAGACAUCAGUAGAAGUACCUCCGCCGAUAUGGCACUCAAGAAUGAGAGGCUCUUCAGCGCACUUGUCGAUGCCUCGAAUCCGCAUUCAUCCACAGAAUAUGUUGAAAAACACAAGUCUAAGAUUAUAUCUGCAUCUCCCUUCGUUCACUUUGUACCACCAUAUCUUCUAGCACAGUCACGACAACAAGAAACGAAGUUAGCAGAGCUCAAGCAAAUGCGAGACAAAUAUGCCCCCGUGGCAGAAGAAGAUUUCGACGAGAAGGACUGCGGUCCAUUCCAGCUGGUCCAGCCUGAUAUGGUACAUCGUUUGGUAGAGAAGCCCACGAGACAAGUUCGUGAUUUCCUUUAUGCCGUUCACAAUGCACGCUACGAGAAAGCAUUACACGUGUACCAAACCCAAAAGCGACAGUUUGAAUCUUAUCUACAUGGCAAUGCAACCCUAUUAGAUCCGUUCAACCACCAAAGGAUUGCUGUGUUGUAUAGCAUGGUCAACACAAAAACUUCAAAUCCAUGCGUGGGUCCUGAUGUGAUUGCCCUGAGCUUCUACAACGAACACGAUCUGGAGGAUGACUUUCUACCAGACAUUACACUCGGCCAGUACGUAGAAGACCUCUGUCUCUCUGCCGAUAGCCCCUGCAAUGCGAAUGCCUGCGAAGAGAGCAUGUUCAACCACCAUCGCCAGUACGUGCAUGGAGAGGGCCAAAUGAGCGUCAUCAUUCAGCAGUACCCAGCGCGUAUCCGUGGCAUGCACAAUACUAUACUCAUGUGGAGUGUUUGCCGCGUGUGUGGAGAAGAGACGCAAACUGUUCCAAUGUCGGAAAACACUUGGAAAUACUCGUUUGGAAAGUACCUGGAGCUCACAUUCUGGAGCACACCGUUGCGUCCUCGUGCAAGUGCUUGUACUCACGACAUCCACAAGGACCAUAUCCGCUACUUUGGGUUCAACAACGUCGCAAUUCGAAUACAGUACGAUACUAUUGACUUGCAUGAGAUUAUCGUGCCUAGACCGACUAUCACAUGGAACGUAGACAAGGACCUGCAGCUCAAGAACGAGCAGUACUCGCGUCUAAAAGAUCGAUGGGACAAGUUUAUGGCUUCUGUCAAGCAUCGCAUUGACAGCAUCCACGUGGAAAGCGUAAGACCCGAGAAGGUUGAAGCCUGCAGAGCUGAAGUGGAGCGAUUAAGCAAAAAGGCGAAAGAGGACCACGAGGCCUUGAUCCUGAGCCUGCAAAACAAGUAUAUGAACUCGCGCUACUAUGAGCUUAUACCACUGAACAAAGCUGCAAAGGAGAUGCAUGAAAACUCCAUCAUGUGGGACGACAUAUUUCUGGAUUUCGAAAAUGACUACUUCCCCUCUGAAAAGGACAUUCGGCGACUCGCGCAGAUACAGAUCAACAAGUUCUUGGAUCGAGAUGCAUCGACCACAUCCAUCUCUUCCAUGGAUGACGGAGGAGAGAACGUGGGUGCAGAUCUCAAGCAGCCCGACGAGGAAGGCGGAGAAAGUGAGAUUUCUGGGUUAUCUCGCAGAUUAUCUGUCCUGUCUCCUGAAGAUACCCAAAACGUUUUGGCUUCCGUCAUCAAGGAGGAUCAGCUGAACGAAAGUAGUGAACCGCCCCCGGACGGCGCCUUGUCCUCAGUUGGCGUGGACCCUACUCCAAAGAGCCCCGUUUCAAGCACAAUAGUCGCAGACGCCGUCGAUCGUGAGGAUGUAAAGCACUUGGAUCUAGCCGUGCCUUCCGAUCUAGCAACUCCGUCGCUUGUUCCCACAACCGAUGCGACCUUAGCCCCAAUGUCGCCUACUCAACCAUCCACAGAUGCCGCAGGUAGUGGACACAACGCUGAAGAUUUACAACUGAACCCACGAGUCGCCAAGACCGUUGAUCAGAUGCGUGAGACUAUCGAAUCUACACCCCCUACCAGCGGAGAUGGAACUUCCGCCGCACAAGAUAUAAAAACUCCCAGGCCGAUGCCUAGUUCGGCGCGAAUCGAUCCGGUUGGAAAGAACAUCUCUCCUCCAUUGAUUCGCACUCGCUCAACACCGCAGCCUUCAGUCCUUCUUCGACGCCAGCAAAGCUCAUUAAAUGAACCCUCCGCAGCGUCAUCGACGUCUAACUUGUCAACUGCAAGUAAAGCAGAACGUCUAAAGAACUUUAUCACCGAUCCUGCGAGAGCUUUAGAGAGAAGACUGGGACCUGGUGCUUUCCGCAACGCACGAUCCGUUUCGAGAUCUCUGAUUCCUCGAUCAGUGCCUACCCAGCGGAAUAAUGAUUCGAGGGUGCUUACACUUCGACAUCAUUUUGAGCAGUUGAGCAAAGAAUUUGAGAAGCAGCGUAUGCGCGAGCGAGAGCAACGUGUUGCCCGUGGUGGACAGCAAAGAGCGUACCCUUUUGCGUUGUCUAAACCUGUAGUUGAAGUAUACAGAGACGCACACGAGGCUGUUCAAGAGCGGGACUCGGGAGACGAAGCGGAGACAGAAGACGCAUCGGCUCGAGUAAGUUUUGAGAGCACCGGACCUGGAGGCACGACCGCAACCACGAUAAGCGCAGAACACUCUGUCGAGCAGCCCCCAAGUCAGUCUGAUCAAACAGAAGAAGGAACAAAGGAUGUCAGCCUUGAGAGCUCAACCGGCUUGCCUCGAACGUCUGAAGAAACUCUGGAAGGGAGUGACACUGAGCAAGCCAGCUUGGACGACUCCGACAUGCCAGAAUUAGGAGCUGAUACCCAGCCAAUGUCACCAAACGACUCCAGCAUUGACCUCCAGGAACUGAAGCAGGAGAAGACUUCGCUCUUAAAGAUGCUGACUAGUUUCUGGUCUGAACGGUCCGCCAGUGGCUGGUCCCCCCUUGAAUACCCUUUCCAUGCGAAUGAGCAUGUUUGGGGUGACUCGGACAUUAUUGUUCGCGAGGACGAACCGAGCUCUCUGAUUGCUCUCGCACUGUCGAGUGCUGACUACAAAGCGAAAGAGGCGAAGUUCCGAGGGAUGACUGGUGACGCAACGCAGGAGCAGAUUGACCAGUCCAUUGAGCAUAAUUUGUUGCAUCCCAAGAACACAAAUAUCCGCUACGCGUUCCAGAACCGCGGCGUCCGCGCGCACACAAAGAUUUUCUACGCAGAAUCCUUCGACGCUCUUCGUCGAAAGACCGGCGUCGCAGAUCGUUUUGUUGAGUCACUGUCCCGCUGCUUGAAGUGGGAUUCUAAGGGAGGGAAAACCAAGUCACUCUUCCUCAAAACGUUGGACGAUCGCUUCGUCCUCAAGUCCUUGAGCCAGGUUGAGGUGAACGCAUUUUUCAAGUUCGCGCCAAACUACUUUGCUUUCAUGCACCAAAAUCUGUUCCACUCUCUGCCGUCGGUCAUCGCAAAAAUGAUGGGCUUGUUCCAGGUUACGAUCCGUGCCCCUGGCACCGGCUUGGAGUUCAACUGGUUCAUGUUGGUGAUGGAAAAUCUCUUCUACGACCGAAUGCCAAACCGUCGUUUCGAUCUGAAAGGUUCGAUGCGUAAUCGCAAGAUCCAAAGCACGGGCGAACAAGACGAGGUCCUUCUCGAUGAAAACUUGGUUGACAUUAUUUUUGAGAAGCCAAUCUUUGUGCGUGAACACACUUGGCGGCUCUUGAAAGCCUCCGUAUGGAACGACACGCUGUUCUUAUCAAAGCAGAACGUCAUGGACUACAGUCUCAUGGCUGGUUUUGAUGACAAUGCAAAGGAAAUCAUUGUCGGUAUCAUCGACUGUAUCCGCACGUAUACCUGGGACAAGAAGUUGGAGACCUGGAUUAAAGACCGCGGCAAGAAUAAGCCAACGGUAACGUCGCCAAAAGACUACAGAAAUCGGUUCAGGAUCGCGAUGAGCAAGUAUAUCCUGCAGGCGCCGAGCUGCUGGCAUCAGUUUCAAACUCACCAAAGCCAUAUUGUUCAAAGGCAGUCACGACUUCCAGAUCCCAACGCAGAUCAGAAGAAUAGAGUUACACAGAAUGCAGAGGAUGGGCGCGUCAAGCCUGGCGAGGAGAUGUGGGCUUGAACUAGAUGGCGUGUUUUAGGAAAAUGUCUAGAAGCUUCUUAAACUAUGGCAUGGAUAUGAAAGCUCGAGGCUUAUACUUCCCUGGUUUUUAAUGCUUUAUGAGUGUAGAUUAGACAUGAAUACUUUCUGCCCGGAUCAGAUUCUGGCUUAAUCAUCUCGAGAAGUUCGUUUACACGCAUGCAA